CAUCUCCAAGACCCUCAAUCUCUCACUAAUUAGGCCGAAUGAUGAUGGAACAGUGAUGUUCCAACCUUUCCUCUAAAUAUAUUUUCUGUAGAUUUUGUCACUGUCUCAGUGGGAUUCUUAACUUCGCAACCAGUCAACGCGCACCAGCGGUCCACCUAACGGACAGCCCAGCUCUCGUUGGCUGCGCGCUCAGAGGCGUCGCCGUUUGUCAUCGAGCAUCGUGCGUCUUACCCCGGCGUCUCCUCCCCUCGUAGAGACAGCUGUGGACCGUGAACCGUGGAGGUCUGACUACCUGGACGCAGACUUGAAAUUGGGCGCGCAUCGGCCCGCGGACACAAGGAAGCGAAGCGUCUCUUUUAAAUUCAAGAUCCAGAUCCGACAUGGGGAGCUUACCUUUUCGCAGUGUGGUUUUACUGGUGAUACUGGAGCACAGCGGGGCUCUCCUGGCCGCGGAGGGGGACGAUGGAGCCGCGCACGGAGGCGCAGAGCGGCGCGUCUUUGCGCACGAAAGAGCGAAGCGGGACGCGGUGGCCGCCAACAUGUUGAAGGUGUACGAGAAAUACAGCAAAGAGCCGCAGAGCCAGAAGGAGGGAAACACCGUGAGGAGCUUUAAAGCUUUCCCGAGAGUUUCACACGACAAGGAGGUGUUCCAGUUCAACCUGUCCUCCAUCCAAAACUCUGAGAUCAUCCUCUUUGCCUCUUUCCACUCUCUUUACAAGCGGCCCCGCCACCAUCAGAGACCGUGGCGCUUCCGGAGGCCCCACCACCCGUCCGGCGCCCCGCAGCAUCCCCGUCCGGCCUCCUCCCGGCUCUCUUUCUACGGAUCCUCCCCAAGCGAUGCUUUCGCUUCGCCGCUUGGAAACCUGACCCUGGCGUCUUUCAGGAAAGGCUCCUGGCAAACGUGGGACGUAACGGCCCUGGUCAAACACGCCAGGGCCGUGAACGAGCUCGCCAUCGCGGUAGAGAUCGAGGCGGGCUUCGAAGCGUCGGCGUUUCAGCAACGAGGCGCUCAGGGACAGGAGCAGCUCUCUCCGGCCAACCUGCCGUACAUCCUGGUCUAUGCCGACGAUCGAGCCAUAGACGAGCCCAACAGCGUGGCCUUGUCCCUCCAGAGGUACGGACCUUUCCCCGGGGGAGAGGACCUGUCCGCCUCGGCUUCGCGGGUCCGCAGGGACGUCCAGAUUCAGAGCAACAACAUCCCCGAAGUCCAUUUCAGCACCCUGAAAACCCACGAACUGUGGCAGAACACCUAUUUCCCGGCCAAAUCCAAAGCCACCGGCAAAGGGGGCAGGAAGCCCGGCCAAGUGAGCAGCGAGGGCGUCGGCAAGCCCCAGGUACUGAGCUUUGACGAGAGGACGAUGAAGAAAGCCAGGAGGAGACAGUGGAGCGAGCCCAGGGUUUGCUCCCGGCGCUACCUGAGGGUGGACUUUGCGGAUAUCGGUUGGAACGAGUGGGUGUUGGCACCCAAGUCCUUCGACGCCUAUUACUGCGCCGGGACCUGCGGAUUCCCCAUACCUAAAGUGGCACGUCCGUCCAAUCACGCGACCAUCCAGAGCAUCGUCAGAGCGGUGGGGAUCGUCCCCGGCGUCCCCGAGCCAUGUUGCGUCCCGGACAAGAUGAGCCCCCUCAGCGUUCUAUUUCUGGACCCAGACAGGAACAUCGUGCUGAAAGUUUAUCCCGGCAUGUCUGUGGAUACGUGUGCCUGCCGGUAGGACCGUCCAAGCUGACCGAGGCCACGACGAGGAAAGACAGCAGACAGUGAGGAAGACGUUGACAUAGACUCAGAAGGUGCGGGGAUGUGGUGAGACUCCUUAAGGACACCUGAGGAAAUCUGAAUUAUUUUUCAUGUUUCAAUGUUAUGUUCCGAAUUCUCGAACUUGGUUUGGUAUCCGGCGUGGCUGGACAGUACCCCGGGGUUCUCUACAUAGAUGUCUUUCAUUAGUUGGUCUAUUUUCAUUCAUUGUCUCCCCGUCUUCAAAGAAUGACUGAGGAAGUGCCCUUAAAGAUGCCUGUUUCUUUAAUUCUCACUAGCUGGAUGGUUAGGGGUUGCGUACAGAGCCCCGGCAGGUGGAUCGCAUUUCCUCCGACUGUCGAAAAAAAGUUUUUUUUUCCUUCAUCCUCCUCUGUUCCCAUUUCACAUUUGGAUCCAUUUUUAAAGUAGUUUUUCCCUUUUUUGAUUAAAAAAAGGAUAUGCUCAGGUCUCCGCUCGAAAUCACAUUCAAAUGGACCUCGUUCUGGGUUCGGCUCAGGUCCCUUCCUGAAAACGGUCCGUGCAGGAACUUCCGUUGGCCUGCUCUCCACGCUGCGGAUGAGAUGGGUUUCGGCAGCUUUUCAGCUUUCCUAUUCCCCGACGCUGCUGAGGCAAACUGGCCAGCUGCACUCCAAUGGAGGCUUUGAGAAACGUCCAUGUAAAUAUUGUAGUUAUUCGAACCAUGUUGUAAGUCUGUGAUGUGACACUCUUGAGUGACACAGUGCGUAUUUUAUCAUGCAUGCAACUAAUUUCAGUAGAUCUUUGUUUACAUCUUGUAUAUAAAGAAUGUAUGUAUGUUGUCGCUCACUAAGUGUUCGUGCAUGUCAAAGCCUUGUGCGGCGUAGAGGCAGCGCGUUGCUGCCACCUGCUGUGUGUUUUGUGAGAGCUGAAGGGGCCUCGGAGGGACAUAAUGCACCCCAUCAUCAUGUGGUUUAUUCAUUUCUAUCCUUUAAUAUAUAAACAUGGCUUGUCAAAGUUACAUGUACAGUCAGUGAUUGUGUACAGUAGCAAGAUCUCUACCAUAGAUAAAAGGGACUGGUGUGUAUUAUUGUCGGGCUAUAAAUAUAUAACUAAAUAUUAAUAGUAACGUGUGCUUGAACAGAUUGUAUUUUAUGCCAGGUAUAAGGAAUUGUACAUAUAGUCAAAGAUAGUCUCAGACUAAGGUUCUAUGAAAAUUGUAACAGUAAAGCUGGUAUCUAUGUUGAGUGAUGUACAACAAUAAUCAUGUUUUUUGUUUUGUUUUUUUUAGUAAAUAACAGUUUUUAAACAACCAAGUGUCUCGGGAUCAUGACAUUGUUUCUCCUCUAAGCAAACCCAUUCAUACUGGCUUAAAAAAACAUUUUUGUAAGAGAAACAUUGUUUAGGUUAGUUUUUCAUAUGAUCUUUUUUAAGUUUUGCAUCAGUAUGACAUAAACUUUUUUGUGAAUUUUUUUUUAAAUCAGUUUUUGAAAGCGUUCUUGUUUAUU